GGGGGAGUCCGGACACACAACCUCGAGAAAUCUACCGCGUCUCGCGCCCUCUGCUCCAUUUGGAGGUGAUUAUUUUGAGCCCGUCUGUAAACUCCGCCACCUUUCACCUGUCACAUUUGCGUUGACACUGAAACCGGGUCGUUUAGCUCCACCCCCCUUUGCUUGCAAAACCUCCACCGGGACGCCUCACAGUAAAUAAUUCGUCCGGAUGAUUUACAGUAGAGCGGAGGAGCGCUUCCGCUUUUGCCGCAGCGGUGCUGUCACAGCGGGAGGAUGAACAACCAGAAAUGUAGCACUUUAUUUCAGAAACUGGGAGGACGGACACGAAUCAUACAAUGUAUCUACGUGGUGGGCUUCAUGGUGAGUGGCUAACUGAGGCGUGAAGGCUCUGCUAUGAGACUGAAGGAGCUACUAUGGUGCUGCUUGCUUUCAUAUCUCAGACGUAUUUAGUGGAAACACAUAUAACAACAAGGAAAGUGUAUCCUUCAUGUUAAAACUUUGUUUAUUCAAAAUACUAACAAGUUAUCUUCAGUGUGUUUAUGUCUGUGAGUGUAAUUAAAUGAUAUAAAUAGGUCUUGAAAGUCUGCAGCUUUUAUAACAUUUGGAAACAAAAUAUAAUUUCUUUAAUAAUCUAAAGUGUGUGUUUUAUUGCCUAUAUUUGACCUACUUUGAACAGAAAUGUAAUUACUUCCUUGUAUCUGUAGAGACAUUUUGUUGAACCUUUUUAUGAUCUCAAUGACAGCAUGAUCAGAAAUGUUAACUUUUUAUUUUGUAUUUACUGACAUCAGAUCAUUUGUAUUCAUACCUGUUAUUUCUACAUCUAAAGUCAUAUAUGCAUGAAAUGUUUUAAACAUCAUGAUAAGAUAUUUUACAAAAGAUUGUUGGCACCACAGUUCUAUACAUCUCCUGAUACUUCAAAACAUGUUUGAAGGUGAAUGUCAGAUGUAAAGAUCAUGUUGUCCUGACACCUCUGAGUGGUUUCUUCUCAGCUGUCAUUUAAAUGUGUUGCAAAGUGGCCUGAUGCUGUUUUGACUUUUGAAUUCACCUCUCACUCCAAAAUACUGUAUUUAAAGAGUGUUUAAAGUGUUUUCAUGUUCCCUGCAGAGGUAAAACAGUAAUUCAUUGAAUGCCUAUGUGGGAAUUCAUGCUGUUACAGUUUUUGGCACAGAGACCAGAUGGAAACAGUGGGGACAGUACACUGUUAAUCCACAUAAAGUUAAGCAGUUAGUGUAAUAGGGUGAGUCAGUGCACUUAAUGAAGCACAGUGUGACUUUCAUCAGGAGUUUGGCAAGAGCUUUUUCUGAUCCCAGAAUGCAGAGAAACAGGAAAAACUGCAGAAACCUCUGAACUCUGUGUGUUAAAUACCAGACUCUGACUGCAUAUGUUAAAAGCCGCCAUUUUUUGCCAGAUCCCAAUCUAAAGGUUUAAAAACAAGAAGUGAAAAAUCCAGUGAGAUUGGGCCAUGUUUCAGUGUUAAAAAUGUCUGUUUAUGAGGUUUACUGAUAUGGCACAACAGCUUAAUCUUAGCAUCAUGCAGUUUACUUCUCUGCUACACCAGGUGGUGGAUUACAGACUAGGUGGAAUCUUAAAAAUUAAGAUCAAAUUGACCUUUCUAACAAUCUUUCCAGAUCAUUCAAAGUCUAUUGAGCUUCUUCUCAGCCAAGUUAAACAAUUAUCCAGAGCUAUUUAGGAGCCCUCAGCUGUGAUGAAUUAUAAUGGCAGCAGCUUUUCAAUCGCUUUGCUACAAUAUUACAGGGUUUAGACAUUUGCACUGUAUGAUGGCAUUAUCAAUAACCUUCUUUCUUGUUCUUUAUAUUUCAUUUUUUUUAUAUAUGUGUAUAUUUAGGACUUGUUUGGGGUGAGCAUGAUCAUCCCUCUGCUGAGCCAUCAUGUGAAAGCUCUUGGAGCAAGUCCCACUGUGGCUGGUAUAGUAGGUAAGCUGUGUUCUAAACAUAAAGUAAAUAUUGUAGUUGCAUCAUAGUAUGUUCUGUAUUUUCAGACUUUAGAGCACAAGAUUACAAGUCAGCAAGAAAUCUUUCAACCAAACUACAGACAUACAUACUUAUCUGCAGACUAAAGACAGAAGUUAUGCAUGAACUACGUUUGAUUUUACAAAUCUGAUUCAAACAAAUAUGUUGCAGGAUCCACAUAUGGGAUCUUGCAGCUCUUCUCCAGCACAAUAGUUGUAAGUAUUGGCUUUUCUCUCUGUCUCUUGUGCUUGGCAAGGCAUUCUUACCAAAAUGAGUGCAUUCCAUGUCAUCUCUGGUAUUUCAUGAAAACAAUGAACACUGACCGUUUAAGGUUGGUUGAGGUUGCACAGUUCCUCCAGUCUCUAUGUAUAUACACAAACCAGCUACUUCUUUCUAGCUGCAGACUCACACCUAAUGUAUACAACUAUUUAACCAUAGGAACAAUGUUGUGUAUGACUUCCCUGGAAGGCCACUUCACUUUUUGAUAGUUUGAGAGAAAAUCGAGAUUGAUCACUGGAACUCAAGAAAUGACACUGACUACUCACCACGCCACCAUAAGAAUCUGGUACAAGAUUCCCUGGCUUCUUUACCGCCCCAUCGCUCCUGAAAUUGGUUAAAUUCUCAGGGGUCAUGGGACAAAUUAAGCUGAUAAAGAGUGGUCUGUUGGUUCCCGCGUGCAGACCGGCUGGAUCCUGAUAAACCCUGGGAUACAUGGACAGCUGGGUCUCUAUAAAACCCCACCAGGAUACAUUCAUAGCACAGCAAACUCAAUUGGUCCUAAUUUAGUUAUUUCAUCAGAUGUGUACGUGUGUGUUUGCGACAGAAUGAAAAAAGACAGGGUGAGAAUCGAAUAAAGUCCUGGGCUGAGAGGAAACUAAGGGUUUGGACUUUGCUGCUUUAAGGACUGUCAGAAGAUAUUUUCCUCUAUUUGUUGGAAUUUUGAUCUCUACCAUACUGUGAUCCCACUGGGUUGGAUAGAAAUUGACAUCAAUCACUAGGGGUUUAUCACAUACUGAUAUCAACUAUGAUUGGGUAUAUGCUCUGACAUGAGAACUUAAAAAAAAUGUGAUGUAGAAAAAAUUUACUGGAUCUUCCUGAGUAUCUAGAUACAAAAUGUUCCCCAAAGAAUUAGCUUUGAGUUAGUAAAACUGGAAGAUUGAGUUGUGUGUCAUUCCCUGUGUGUGAUUAUCAGGGUGGCUGGAGUGACGUAGUGGGACGGAGGUACUCUCUGCUCACCUGUCUGCUGCUGAGCGCAUUCGGCUACGGCCUGCUCGGGAUGUCCACCAGCAUCGCUUUGUUUGUCCUUGCGAGGAUACCUGUGGGUGAGUCCUGAACCCCAAACCUUUAACACAGGUGAUAUUUUGACUCCACAGUAUAGAUAGUCAAACAACUGAGAGCAGUUAUAGUGUUGGGGUUCUCUUACUGUCUUUGCUAGUUUUCUGUUGUGGCUAUAGAAACUGUAAGAUCUGAUGAAAAUAGUGCAUGUCAACAUCUUUAAUUUUUCUUAUGUUACAAUAAGAAGGAAGAAUACAAUUUAAAAUGAUGUAAAAUUUCUAUCAUAAAAAGUGUGGAUUAAUCAGUUUUUGAAUCAGUUUGAUUGAACUGAUCAAUCCUGUCAGCUGAUGUGUUUGUGUUAGUAAUGGUAGGCUGUGCAAACCAAGUGUCUUUUCUUGAUUUUGAAAAAUUACCCUCAGCAACAAAACACUAUAAAAGAACACAACAACCAGACCACCAUCAUCUUAUGUUUUAGAAAUUGAAAAAAAAACUAGAAACAGAAUUGUGGUGUUCUCAAUUUCAAGGUUGACACAUUGUGCAAACAAUGUUUUUUACAAUAUUUAAUGAGGAAAAGCAAAGCUGAGUCUUUGCGUAUCUUAAUUUAGUUGAUGUGCAAAAAAAGAAAAAAACAGAAUCUAUGAGCACAUGUGUCUGUGUUUCCUAAACAGCUGUGAAAUAACCUACUGCAACUGAUGUUGUCGUAGUCACCUCAGGGGUCAUAUGGCAAGAACAGCAGGCGCUUUUUUUGCCUGGUUUUAUUGGUUCUACUCAAAGUAUUAUUAUUUUUGCUUGGAAAUAUACAACAGUGGAUAAAUUAUAUGAUUUUUAAAGAUUUUAAAUUGAGGCAUCUCAUGACCCUAUUCUUGGAGUCUCUCUGCUUUGGGGACUUUUGUAUAUUUAUAAUGCUUUAAAGAAGGUUGACGGUUACACUGAAUAAUUUGUGUAAAUCUUAAAUUAUUAUGUAGAAUGAAAACUACAAUCUUAUUGUUAUAUUGGUGUUAACCUCCCAUUUAAAGGCAAAUAAAACAUCUUUGCACUAAAGGGACUGGCUUUUAACUCAGGAUUUGGGCGAGAAUAAUAAAAUAAGAAAUGAAACAUCAAAAUCGAACGCUACCAUCUUCAUCUCCAGGAUAAUAUCAUCCAUUUUUAUACAAUGUGAAUUGACUUUUUCAUCUCAGGGCUGUUUAAGCACUCCCUGUCCAUCUGCAGAGCUCUGCUGUCUGACCUGGUGUCUGACUCAGAGCGCCCCCUGGUGAUGGGACACUUUAAUGCAGCCUCCAGUGUUGGCUUCAUCCUGGGUCCUGUUGUCGGUGGCUACCUCACGGAGCAUGAAGGAGGGUUUUAUACCUCCUCCUUUACAUGUGCCUCCAUCUUUCUCAUUAAUGCAGGUGGGUAAAAAACCAAGAUCUGUCAAUCUGUCUGAUUGGGUCAAACGUUUAUGUCAUGUUUUGUGUUCUCUAACAUUCCAGGGCUGGUGUGGAUGCUGCCCUGGAGCGAGGCACUUGUUCAUCUGAAUGACACAAACUCCAGCAACAACACAAGUAAAGGCUGUCAUGACAACAACUGCAGGAAGUUGGUUCAAAAUGGCACUCAUGCUGAUAAACAGAACCUAGCAGAGACUGACUCAGGAUCUAAAGCUCCAGGGAAGCACAGAGGUGGUCUCAGGUGGAGGGAGGUGUCUUUGCUCCAGCCUGCCUGGAAACAGCUCUCCUCAGUGAGCUCCAAGAUCCACACGGUGGCCUCUUCAGACAUGUGGGACCUCUUCCUGGUGCGUCUUCUGAUGGCCAUAGCUAUCAUGCUUUACUACAGUAACUUCUCCCUGGCCAUGGAGGAGCGUUUCUCACUCAAACCAAAGGUAACAGGUUAUCUCAUCAGCUACAGCAGCACUUUAGGGGCCCUGGCUGGGUUCCUGGUGGGUCCUGUCACUAAGCUGUAUGGGAACAACAUGCCCGCUUUGCUGCUUCACUCCACUGUUCUCACCUGCUCGCUCAUUUUCCUGUAUGCUGCUGCUCCUAGUGUGUGGCAGGUGCUCCUCACCUCCACCUUUUUUGCCAUUUCCACCUCUAUUGGGCGGACUUGUAUCACAGACUUGGAGCUGCAGAGAGGAGGGGUCCAGGCCAGUGGGACUCUGAUUGGAGCAGGGCAGUCAGUCACAGCUGUCGGUCGAGUUUUGGCCCCUCUUCUCUCCGGUCUAGCCCAGGAGUUCAGCCCCUGUGGUCCCCCCAGUCUGGGGGUGGUGCUGGCUCUUGCAGCUGUGGGUUUACUGCUCAUCAGGAUCCCCAAAUGGGACGGGCGGGGAUUAACGAAAGUAGUCAAACUAGGAAAAUCAAAAUAACUGGAUGAAUGUAGAAUAAUGACACUUAAAACCACUUCUCCAGAAGGAGAAGUGGUCUUAUUUUGAAGGGGCCAGCUCUGGAGAUGAAAAGCAGACUCACAGUGGGAUCAAGGUUUCCUGCUCAGAUGCCUCUGAAAAACAUGUCUGAAGAUGUGAGGACAUCACAGGGUGACAAAGGCUCUUCCUCACCAGCAUCACAGUCCUUCUCUCAGGGGGAGAAAUCAAAUGUGAAGUCAGGGACAAGACGAUUGACGUUCAUCCCUUCACACUGACGUUGGAUCAGUCUAAGAAAAAUGGGCCUCGUUUGAUUCAUGCUGCCUGAAAACUUAGUUGGAAACUACACAUAUUGUACACUUUAACUCCUGAGUAAUUUCUCUAACCACUAUAUCGUCCAAAGUCUAUGAAGGUAGAUAACGCUGUUGAAAAAUGAGAUGAAACUGAACUUCCAGACCUCCUGACUGACCACAGGUAGAUCACACUGUUUUUGUUUGAAGUAGCCAUGUUGGCCAUGACUAGUUGAACACUUUUGGUACCUAACCUCCUGCUGUGGCACAAAAGCCAAUAUGGCUGGUCUCUCAUGAAGAUUUUUUUUUGUUUUGUUUUGUUUAGAGAUUUAAAGAGGUACUUUUGGUUUGAGGUGAUUUUGGUGCCUUCCUUGGAAAAAGAGGUAGCUGUUGUUUCUUUGCUGAUUUGUCUUAAACAUGUAUAAUUGGUGUUUUUAACAAAGAUUAUUGUCCUGCUUAUUCAUAACUACUAAACAUAUCAAUCAUGAGGACUUUGCUGAGGAAAAUGUGAAAUGAGCUGUUUUGGCUGAUUGAAGGUAAUUAUGUCAUCCUACACCCACUCCCCAGCAGCAGUUUCAGACACUAACUUAUAAAAAAGGCAUUUAUUAUGUUGAUGGUUGUGCUUUUGUAGGUCAUAUUAAUACUGAAAUCAGACAUAUUUAUACCAAUACCAUUAUCCAGUCUGCUUAUUGAUCUAAUUCUUUAUCCUAACUGCUCUGGAAGCCUGGUUUCUGAAUGGGGUUUUACAGGUCAGCUGACCACAGACACAGCCUCUGAUUGGUUGACCAGCCAAACUAAAAAGAUAACAGCCCCUAUCUAGCAGAGUUAGCUAACAACUAUAAUGACACUAAUCUAUUCAUAAAUCCUCACAAAUGACCUUCAUUUAUAAGAUAUCGGGAUCUGACAGGAAAGGCUCGUAGAUGUCACACAAACACUCAGGUUUGUCAUCAGAAGGCUGCCAAGGUUGUAUAAAGCAAGUGGAUUUUACACUAAGUCAAUACAUUGCACCGUUUCAUUUUAGAGCUGAUUUUGUCAGAGGGUUUUGAGAGGGUCCACUAUGAUAACUUCUUCCACUCCAAGGUUAUCGUUUAACUGACUGCCUUUUGCAGGUGUCACUCCAUGUCACUGUUUGGCAGAAAUAAGGGAACCAUUAGGUUUAAUAAUAUUAAACGCUCAAACUAGUUGGAGCUGUUUUUUGAUUCCUUUUCGUAGUUAAAACCACUAAAAACUCCGCACAAGAGCUUCAUGAUUAUCUUUGAUACCUUUUAAAUUUAAUUUUUAUUUUUUAUGCAACACUGAUUUAAAGAAGAAGCUUGCAAGAUUGAGAGUGAAGUAGUCACGUCCAUGUGGGGAUCUGGCUGUGAAGUCUCAAGAAUAAACAACUUUUCUAUCUGACUCUGUCAUGUUUUGUUUUUUCUGAAAUCCUGCUCUAGUUUCAGCUUCACUCAUCCCAUUUCCUAUCUCCUCCUCUGCUCUCAGUAUCGACACAUGCAGGCUUUGGGAAAAGGAUUUUUCAAUAACAUAGAACAUUUAUUACAGAGUAAAACAAUAUUGAAAUGGAUGCUGAUUUAUGAGCACCAUCAGUGUAACAGACCGACUAGGCCUCAGUCCUGAGGAUACUCUGUACUGCACAGCAAUAAAUCCUUCUGUUGAACUAGUUUGGCCUUUUUGUAUAAAACUACUGAGUCAUAAUAUACAGAAUAAAAAAACAAACGGACAACAUUUACAUAUAAUGACAACAAAAUAAUCACUAAAAAUAAAAUAGAGUUUAAAUUAGGCUGUUAAAAAAUCCUACAGGAUAUAAAGUAUGUAAAAACCACAUGAGGAUGCUUUAAAAACAACAACAUAAAUUGGCAUAAAAUACAUUUCCUUCACUGCAGUGCACUGUGCUUCUGGUAUGGCUGAAAACUCUGACUGUAAAGUCCUUCUUGGCUCAAUUUAGAGGCUUUUACGCCUCAUAUAAGAAAUCAAUGGACCUUCAGCGCACAGUUUUAUUGGUGUGCAGCUCAAGAGCCUGAAAUUCAGUCUGUUGCAGUCCAGCUGCUCUUUUAUUUCUUCUUUGGGUUCCACUGCGGUCUCCUGAGCAGAGGGUUUCUUGUUGUGUUGUCUCUCGGUUCAGCGGCCCAGGCAGGAGGUGGAGGCGAAGGCUCCUGCUGAUCCUCUUCUGCUUCAUGAUGACUGUUUCUGAGGUUAUCAGCUGAGCCGCUGUCACCAUUAUUUGAUGGACGGUGCGGUGCGGGAACACGGGAAUCACUGGAGGAGGAGUUUAUUCUGGGCACACCACGCCCUGCCCUGCCUCGCUCUUCUCCUGAGUUUUCAUCCAGCACACUAACGGAGGGAGAUUCCUUCAGGGUGUCGAGCCUGUGCAGGGGCAUCAUGGCUCUGGAGGAGGAGGAGCGGGAAGGCUGGCUAAACCGGGAGCGUCUGGGGGGGUACGCCACCUCUGACAUAGUUUCCUGAUCAUCUGGAAGAGAUGGAGACAAAAAAGCAUGAUACAGUGACCUGAAAGCUGCAAGUCUCACCACAACACUAACCCAUGUCGGUAACCCAUGAGAACUUCAUUUGAAAUUCUGGUGCAGGUGUCAGGGCUCUAAAACAUAUCACGAUAUAUCAUGACAACCCUACUUUGAAAUGAUCCAUAGAGUAAAUGAGAAGCCUACCUGUGUAGCUCACCCUCCCAGGAGGAAACUUUGAGUCCAGACUUUUUCCAGCAGGAAGGGAAAAGUAUUUGUGGGACUUAGGCACCACCUGAGGAUGCAAACAACAGCAGAAUGAGUGAGGAGGAUAUGCUGAGAAAAGAAAAUAGAAGAUGAUGAACAAAGGACCGGCUGUUUAAUCAGGGCUAUCAUCUUUGUUUCCUUGAAAAGUAAUGAACCUGCUUUGAAUAUGAUUCAGCUGGGGCUACAUGUGUCGAGAGUAUCUCAUAAACAGCAGCCAGAGUGUUGAGGUUUUUUCAUUCUUACUGAUGUCUGAAAGCUUCCAGGUCGGAGGCUCCUGCGAAUGCUGGCGUGGCGUCUGAUCAGGAUCUCCCUGGUGGCGCUGUCAUUGGGAAGUUUGUUCUUAUUGGUGUAAGCCACCGUCUGGUUAGAAAACACAGAGAGGAACAAUAGUCAACUCAUCAACCAUCACACAGUAGAUGCAAAAACCACUAGUGGCCUUUUUUGGCC